GGGCCGCGCCGGGGGCGGGGAGCGGGAGGCGGGGCCGCGCCGUCGCCGGGCUCCAGUGACUUCGCGCCGGGCCUUUCCCUCGGCCUUCCCCGCUCCAGGGGCCAGGAUGCCGGCCGCCGACUGGUGCCUGAGCGCGGCGGGCGCUGCUCUCGUUAUGGCCACCUCCAGCGACCCGGAGCACCCGGCCCACAACAUGGCGGACGGAAGUUCCGAAACGUUUUGGUCGACGACAGGGAUGUUCCCUCAGGAGUUCAUCAUUGGCUUUCCCAAGCGUGUGACCAUCAGCAGAGUGGCCAUCCAGUGCUACCUGGUGCGGACCUUAAGGAUUGAAAGAAGUGUGUCUAAAGACCCAGUAGAUUUUGAAGAGUGCAUUGAAAAAGAUUUGCAACACACAGAAGGACAGCUUCAAAUGGAAGAGUUUCCGCUUCCUGAUUUCCAAGCCACUUACUUGCGAUUCAUCAUCAAAUCUGCCUUCGAUCACUUCGUAUCGGUGCACAGGGUGAUCGCAGAGGGCACAGCAGAAGACACUUAAGUCUGGCUUGAAUUUGUACCUCAUCUUUUUGUUUUUCCAGGAUGGUGCGUAUUUCCUGGGGGUGAUAAUUCCAAGGCCCCACUCCUCCCUGCAAAGGCAAUAAAAUUAUACAGUGAAGCUCAAA